AUGAUCGACCAAUAUCGCAAUGCUCCUUUUCUCCGGAUUGCAACCUCAUCGCUACCGGUUCAUGGUCCGGAUUAUGUCGAAUAUGGAAUGUACCAAGUUGCUUUCCGAAUUAUAGGACACGCUGAUCAUGUCGGUGGAAUCGCCUGGCAUCCACAGUCCACUCUCUCUAUCGACAAGAGUGUCGUAAAUUUGGCAUCCGGAUCGACGGAUAGUUUGAUUUAUCUCUGGUCACUGGAAAGCGAUGCACCUAUAAGUUCAUUAAGAGGCCAUACCUCGAGAGUCUCAAGAAUCGAUUUUCAUCCUUCUGGAAGAUUCCUUGGAUCGGCAAGUUUUGAUUAUUCUUGGCGUUUGUGGGACAUCGAAACAACAAAAGAGCUUCUUUUACAAGAAGGUCAUUCUAGAGAAGUCUACGCCAUUCGAUUUCAAAACGAUGGUGCUUUAGUUGCCACAGGCGGGUUAGAUGCCAUCGGACGUGUCUGGGAUCUAAGAACAGGUCGUUCUGCAAUGGUGUUAGAAGGCCACGUUAAAGACAUUCUAGCUGUUGACUUUUCACCAAACGG